CAGCCCAGCUCCAGCCCCAGCCCCAGCCCCAGCCCGCGAUGUCCAAGAGCUCCGACAGUCCUCCGGAGGACAUCUCCAAGCUGUCCGACGAGGAGCUGCUCAAGUGGACCAAGGAGGACCUGGUGCGGCGUCUGCGCAGGACGGAAGCUGAGAAGAUGAGCAUCAUCCUGGACCACGGCAACCUGAUCCGCGAGGUGAACCGCAGCCUCCAGCUCCACCUCAACGAGAUCAGGGGACUGAAGGAUGUGAACCAGAAGCUGCAGGAGGACAACCAGGAGCUGCGUGAUCUGUGCUGCUUCCUGGACGACGACAGGCAGAAGGGGAAGAAGGUGUCCCGGGAGUGGCAGCGCCUGGGCCGCUACAGCGCCAGCAUCAUGCGCAAAGAGGUGACCCUGUACCUGCAGAAGCUGAAGGAGCUGGAGCUGCGCCAGGAGGAUCUGAUCAGGGAGAACCUGGAGCUCAAGGAGAUGUGCCUCAUGCUGGAUGAGGAGAAGGGAGCAGGGCCAGUGGGGCCACCUGGCCCGGGGGUGGCCGGCUGCCGCAGCUCCAUUGACAGUCAGAGCAGCCUGACGGUACCCGCGGCAGGGUUGCUGCGUGACGUGGGUGACGGCAGCAGCACCUCCAGCGCAGGCAGCACAGACAGCCCUGAUCACACACACCACAAGCAGCAGCUCCUGGCUGCUCCCGGGGGAGGGAGCCCUGAGCACCUUCAGAAGCCCAAGGCUGGGGCCGGAGGAGGAGGAGGGGGGCCAGUUAAUGGGUCCAGUCCUGAGCAUCCUGGCAGGCACAGGAGCACCAGCCUGGAUUACCCACUGGGUCUGCCGCAGCCCUGCAGGCCUCGGUGUGGGUCAAUCUCCAGCCCUGACCACAGGGCUCUGCGUGGCCCCAGUCCAGAGAAGCACGGCAAGGGCGUGGGCCGUAGGAGCCCGGAGCAGCACCCCAAGCACAGCACGGAGAUGCUAGCACCAAAGCACCUUCUUGGGUCCGGACUAGGCAGCCCGGAGCACUUUCCGAAGCACAGGGGGAGCGCUGGAAGCAGGUGUGGCAGCCCUGAACCCAAACAGGCCCUGAGCAGCACGCCGGAGCUCCUGCACAAAGGCCGUGUUGGCGGGGGGAGCCAGGAGUCACUCAGGCACCAGUACAGCACCAGCCCCGAUCACACAAAGUUUGGCAGCCCGGGUCGGGAGGCGGGGCUGAGGAGGCCGGCCGGAGACGAGCUGUCGCCGCACCACCGGAGCAUCUACAACGGGAUGAACGCUUUGAUAUCUGCUGGCUGCUGCACCACCAACUGUAGAAGUGUCAAGCUCUGGGACAGCUUUGACGCAUCCUCUUGACCACAGGGUCUCCUGGAUGCUUGGGGAAGGGGGGGGAAGAUUUUUCUCCGGCCCUAGGCGACACCGGAUUAACCCCUCCCCCACCCCCGUGACGUCUGAAAGCAUCAUCAGGCCAAAACCCUCAUAUCUCCUGUACGUUUCAUUUCCUGCAUACCAGACAUCCUGGAUUUGCCAGUGUUGCAGAAGCAUGGCUUAAAUCCCCGAGAUUGCCGGUGGAUGUGUUUGAGGUACAAGGUCCUCCUCUGCCAACGUCUAAGUGUCCUACCUCUUCCAUAAAAGAAAAGCAUCACUGAGAAAUUAAGCAUAUUGUUUACAGCUAGAAGUGAACCGGAGUGAAUUACACACUUGGAUAAAUCAGGACCUUGCUCUGUCUAUUCGUUCCUCUGUCUGUGGAAACUCUUCCCUUCAGACUGGUGAAGAAAACGAAGUAAAUGAAUAUUCCACUGCUUCUCCCCUUUGCCUAUGCUCCAUUCUCUUCUGGUGUGUGAGAAUAUUAAUCUUCACAAAGGGUAUUGCUAAUACCCGUAACUAUUCAGUUCUUCUUAAGGGGAAUGGGUUGGACAGCCUCCCCUCUACAAUAGUCAAU